GCCUCAAGGCUGUCCAUAAUUUUAAAGGGUGCCUCGGGACUGUCCAUAACUUUAAAGGGUGCCUCAAGGCUGUCCAUAAUUUUAAAGGGUGAAUCGAGGCUGUCCAUAAUUUUAAAGGGUGAAUCAAGGCUGUCCAUAAUUUUAAAGGGUGCCUCGAGGCUGUCCAUAAUUUUAAAGGGUGCAUUGAGGUUGUCCAUAAUUUUAAAGGGUGCCUCGAGGCUGUCCAUAAUUUUAAAGGGUGCAUUGAGGCUGUCCAUAAUUUUAAAGGGUGCCUCGAGGCUGUCCAUAAUUUUAAAGGGUGCCUCGAGGCUGUCCAUAAUUUUAAAGGGUGCCUCGGGACUGUCCAUAAUUUUAAAGGGUGCCUCAAGGCUGUCCAUAAUUUUAAAGGGUGCCUCGAGGCUGUCC